UGAUUUGAGAAUUCACGGCGAAAUUCUUCGUCGUUCGUUCACUCUCUCUCUCUACCCAGCCGAAGAAGCUCUGAAAAUUUCUCUCUAAAAACCUCCGAAUUUAUUACAAAAACCUAGCUGUAUCUCCCUCUGCCUCUCUGUCUUGAAUGUACACCCUUUUUAACUGGCUGAACUGAAACCUCUGAUCUAAUCCCUAUUUUAUCAUUUGUUUUUUGAGGUGAAAUUUCUCUGUUUCUCUUCGAUAAUCUGAUUGAUUUAUAUGGGGGAAUUUCUCUAGGGGAAUUAUCCGAUCGAUUUCUCUGGGGGAAUUUCUCCGAUCAAUUUCUUGAAGUGGGUCUCAAUCAAAACCGAUUCUUGGUUCCUGCCGUGGGGGGUUUUAAGUCCGUUCUUCUAUUGAGGGUUAGAUUGAGAUUUAUCAUAGUCCGUUUGUAUAUCCUUUUUUUUUUGUUUUGAUUUUUGAAUUGUUGUUAGGUCUUUUGGUUGAAACUUGGGGAAUCAAUCAAUCAAAGACAUUGGUUUGAAGAAACAAACCCUUUGAGCUUUUCUUGAGGUUUCUUGGCACUGGGGUUCUUGGGGUUUGUUAAAGGGUUCUUGUGAGAAAUCUGAAUUAUCACCCCAAUGGCUAACCCUCCACCACAACCUUCCCUUGGAUUCUCAGUUUCAAUCACCCCCUCGAACAACCAAGAUGCAACAAAAUCGAACCCACCACCACUAACUCCUCCUCUUUACCCAUCUCCCACAGGCUCAAGAUUUCAUCCACAAACCCUACAAUCAUCGGAUCAGAUUCCUUCCCCAUCAAUUAAGACCCCAAGUUUGCCAUCGCCGCCGGUGAAUGGGAUUAGAAUUGGCAGCCCUGCUCCUCAUUUGAGCACCCCUCCCGGCCCUCCCGUGUUUUCGUCGCCGCUCCAACCGGCUGCUGUCCCAUUUCGAACUUCUCCGGCCACUCCGCAGCCCCUUGCUUUUUCUUCAGGUUCCUCUGUGCCCACUUCCUCCCCUCCCCAUUUUUCAAAUGGGCCGGUCGAGUUGCAACACCAACUUUCUGAUGCUUCAGAGCAGUCUAUGCCUGUUACCGAAUCACCAUACGUUUUAUUCUCAGCUCAUAAGGUAUUGAAACUGAAGAAGCUGGCAAAUAUACCCAGUUUGGGGUUUGGGGCACUGGUUUCCCCCGGGAGUGAGAUCUCACCAGGUCCUCAAAUAAUCCAACGUGAUCCCCAUCGCUGCCAAAAUUGUGGAGCUUAUGCGAACCUCUAUUGUAAUAUCUUACCUGGCUCGGGCCAGUGGCAGUGUGUAAUUUGUUGGAAUCUGAAUGGAAGUGAAGGCGAAUACAUAGCUUCCAGCAAGGAAGAGCUUCGUAAUCUACCAGAGCUGUCAUCUCCUUUGAUCGAUUAUGUCCAAACUGGGAACAAGAGACCUGGAUUUAUUCCAGUCUCUGAGUCUAGAAUGUCAGCACCUAUAAUUCUGGUAAUAGAUGAGUGUUUAGAUGAACCACACCUCCAGCAUUUACAGAGUUCCUUGCAUGCUUUUGUAGAUUCACUCCCCACAACAACAAGAAUUGGGAUUGUUUUGUAUGGUCGCACAGUAUCAGUAUAUGACUUCUCAGAGGAAUCAAUUGCAUCUGCUGAUGUGCUACCUGGUAACAAAACACCGACACAGGAGUCCUUAAAGGCAUUGAUUUAUGGGACAGGAAUAUACUUGUCACCAAUUCAUGCUUCACUACCCGUGGCACACAGUAUAUUUUCAUCAUUGAGUCCAUACAAACUGAAUAUUGCAGAGGCUUCAAGAGACCGUUGCCUGGGUACAGCAGUGGAGGUUGCUCUGGCAAUAAUUCAAGGGCCAUCAGCAGAAAUGUCUCGAGGGGUGGUUAAAAGAACUGGAGGUAAUAGCAGAAUUAUUGUGUGUGCUGGAGGGCCAAAUACAUAUGGCCCGGGAUCAGUCCCUCAUUCUUUUAGUCAUCCAAACUAUCCCUAUAUGGAGAAAACAGCAUUGAAGUGGAUGGAGAAUCUAGGCCGUGAGGCUUAUCGGCACAAUACAGUGGUUGAUAUUCUUUGUGCUGGAACAUGCCCUGUAAGAGUUCCUGUUUUGCAACCUCUAGCAAAAGCUUCUGGGGGAAUUUUGAUUCUCCAUGAUGACUUCGGAGAGGCCUUUGGUGUGAACUUGCAGAGGGCAUCUACUAGGGCAGCAGGUUCACAUGGUUUGCUGGAAAUGCGUUGCUCUGAUAAUAUUCUAAUAACUCAAGUUAUAGGUCCUGGUGAGGAGGCACAUACAGACAGUCAUGAAACAUUUAAGAAUGACGCCUCUCUCUCUAUACAAAUGUUAAGUGUUGAAGAAACACGGUGCUUUUCAAUUUCCAUGGAAACCAGAGGAGAUAUAAAGGGUGACUAUGUAUUUUUCCAGUUUGUGAUUCAAUAUACAAAUGUCUAUCAAGCUGAUAUCUCAAGAGUUAUUACUGUCAGAUUGCCCACUGUGGAUAGUGUUUCAGCAUAUCUUCAGAGUGUUCAAGAUGAAGUGGCUGCUGUUCUCAUUGCUAAGAGGACUCUCUUGCAAGCCAAAACCUCGUCCGAUGCGAUUGAUAUGCGAGCAACAAUAGAUGAGAGAGUAAAAGAUAUUGCUUCCAAAUUUGGGUCUCAAAUGCCAAAGUCAAAGCUUUAUCGUUUCCCUAAGGAACUACCCUUAUUGCCAGAGCCCUUGUUUCAUCUUAGAAGGGGCCCAUUGUUGGGAGGCAUUGUGGGUCAUGAAGAUGAAAGGUCUGUGUUGCGGAAUUUGUUUUUGAAUGCAUCAUUUGAUCUGUCUCUUCGGAUGUUGGCGCCUCGUUGUCUAAUGCAUCGUGAAGGUGGUACUUUUGAGGAACUACCAGCUCACGACCUUGCUCUGCAGUCUGAUGCGGCAGUUGUUCUUGACCAUGGCACAGAUGUCUUCAUUUGGUUGGGUGCUGAACUUGCUGCUCAGGAAGGAAAAAGUGCUGCAGCUUUAGCAGCUUGCAGAACAUUGGCUGAAGAGCUUACUGAAUUGCGGUUCCCGGCUCCUCGGAUCCUGGCAUUCAAAGAGGGGAGCUCUCAGGCUCGAUAUUUUGUUUCCCGGUUGAUACCAGCACACAAGGAUCCCCCAUAUGAGCAGGAGGCAAGAUUCCCACAACUUCGAACUUUGACUACAGAACAAAGGACGAAGCUGAAAAGCAGUUUUCUUCACUUCGACGAUCCUAGCUUCUGCGAGUGGAUGCGCAGCUUGAAAGUGCUGCCACCUGAGCCAAGCUAAUGAACCCAUCUUUGGAUCUUUUGUGGCCAGUGCAUUUCUAUAUUCUAGAAUCCGAGUUGCUUCUAAACAUGCCUGUGAUGUCCAUUUUCUCCAGCCUUUUCUUUUUUUUUUUCCUAGUUAGAUGAUCUAUAUAACU